CCCUAGCACAUUUGUUAAAAAAUUUGCAACAAGCCAACGAAAAUCGACCAGGAACGGUGGACAGCAGGAAAAACCGCGCGCUCUGCGACGACCACCGUGGGAUGCACAUACGUACGCGCACUUGUGCCGCGGAGUAGACACAGUGCCCGCGAAACCGCGCGACCAGCGCCGCGCCAAUCCCCCCGAGAAGCCAGCUGCGAUCCCGCCUAGAAAUGGGCCUCGACUUCGAUGCGGUGGAGUACUGCAAGGGCGUCAAGAGCCAGCAGUCGCAGCCGCCGUUCGCCUGUCCCGUCCGCGGCUGCGACCGCAGCUACAAGACGAUCAUGGGCCUGCAGUAUCAUCUGAUGAAGUACGACCACGACAAUCCCCAGCCGCUCACUCCGGUGCUCACGCCCAGCCGCAAGAAGGCGCGCUCCCGCUCCGGAGGCCAUCACUCCACGCCCCGCCCGCCCAAGGAGCACCCAGCGCAGCCAGCAGAGGCCAGGAACGGCUGCUCCUCUGCCGGAGGAGGAGGAGCAUCCGGAGGAGCAGGAGCAGCUGGCCCCCUGCGGCAGUUUGCCAAUCCCGAGUCCCUGGUGGCCUACAACGAGGAGGAGGCCACCGUGACGUUUAAUCUCGACGGCAAGAGCGUGCGCCUGGGCAUCGACGACGCCCUGCCGCUCGUGGAGGAGGAGGAGUUCGCCGCUUUGGUGGCCAGGGGCUGCAUACUGAAUGCCGACGCGCCGCCGCUGGAGGAGAACGCUCCGUGGGCGCGCGUCCAGGUGCCCGUGGCCCGGGUGGCCGAGAUUCCCGACUACCGAGUGCCUGAUGCGCCGCCGCGGCCGCUGGCCUACUAUCGCUUCAUCGAGAAGUCGCUGGAGGAGCUGGACGGCGAGGUGGAGUACGAUGUGGACGAGGAGGACUCCGCCUGGCUGGAGCACAUGAACGAGGAGCGCCAGCGGCUCGGGCUAAAUGCCGUGGGCAUUGACACAAUGGAGCUGCUGAUGGACCGCCUGGAGAAGGAGUCGCACUUCCAGGCGGCCGCCAAUGGCACGCCGACGGGCGUCGAGGUCGACGACGAUGCGGUGUGCUGCAUUUGCCUGGACGGCGAGUGCCAGAACACCAACGUGAUACUCUUCUGCGACAUGUGCAACCUGGCGGUGCACCAGGAUUGCUACGGCGUGCCCUACAUCCCGGAGGGCCAGUGGCUCUGCCGGCGCUGCCUGCAGUCGCCCAGCAAGCCGGUCAACUGUGUGCUCUGUCCGAAUGCGGGCGGCGCCUUCAAGCAGACGGACCACGGCCAGUGGGCGCAUGUGGUAUGUGCUCUGUGGAUUCCGGAAGUGAGGUUCGCGAACACGGUUUUCCUGGAGCCCAUAGAUUCCAUUGAGACCAUUCCCCCUGCCCGCUGGCGACUCACCUGCUACGUUUGCAAGGAGAAGGGCCUGGGCGCCUGCAUCCAGUGCCACCGCAACAGCUGCUACGCCGCCUUCCACGUCACCUGCGCCCAGCAGGCGGGCCUCUAUAUGACCAUGGACACGGUGAAGGACGGCCACAACGACUCGUCCAUGCACGUCCAGAAGUUCGCCUACUGCCACUCGCACACGCCGGCGGACGCCAAGCUGAAGAUGAACGUGCCGGACUUUGAGGACACGCGCCACAAGAUGCGCGAGGCGCGCAAGGCGCUGGCCAAGAAGCGCUCGACGGCGCCCGUGGUGCUGAUUCCGACCAUUCCGCCGGACCGCGUCCAGGAGAUCGCCACCAUGGUGACGAUGCAGCGCAAGAAGGAGUUCCUCGAUCGCAUUAUCGCCUACUGGACGCUCAAGCGGCACUAUCGCAACGGAGUGCCGCUGCUGCGGCGACUGCAGAGCCAGGGCAACAACCACGGCGUCAUCCAGGGCAACGGCAUCGAGGGAUCGCCGGACACGAACGAGCUGUACCGGCAGCUCAAGUACUGGCAGUGCCUGCGGCAGGACCUCGAGCGGGCGCGCCUUUUGUGCGAGCUGGUGCGCAAGCGCGAGAAGCUGAAGGUGGCCUUUGUUCGGCUGUCCGAGGAGGUGGUGAUGCUGCAGCUCAAUCCGCUGGAGGCGGCGCUCACCAAGCUGCUGGACUCGCUGGAGGCGCGCGACAGCAUGGAGAUCUUCCGCGAGCCGGUGGACACCAGCGAGGUGCCCGACUACACGGACAUUGUCAAGCAGCCCAUGGAUUUGGGCACCAUGCGAACGAAGCUGAAGGAGUGCCAGUACAGCUCGCUGGAGCAGCUGGAGGCUGACUUCGAUCUGAUGAUCCAGAACUGCCUGGCGUACAACAACAAGGACACGGUGUUCUAUCGCGCGGGCAUCCGGAUGCGCGACCAGGCGGCUCCCCUCUUCGUUCAGCUGCGAAAGGAAUUGCAGCGGGAUGGUCUGCUGGAGCGUACGCAACGCUCGCACGUCGAUCAUGUGGAGGCGGAGGUGGAACAGGAGCUACGCUUGCUGCUGGCGGCGCCGGCCGGCGAGGACAUUGUCCAGAAGCUGCUCAUCCUGGCGGACAAGUCGCAGGUCCUGAAGAAUCCCAGCUAUCGGACGAAGAAAAUCAAGCAGAUUCGGUUGGAAAUCACGCGGAUGCGCAAAAGUCUCCAGAAGGCGAGAUUUGCAGCGCGACACUCGUCACAUGGCCACCAAUCCCAAAGCGAAGAUGAGGAGACGUCGGGUGCUUCGCCUUCUAAGAAGCGCACCCGCAAACGUUUGAACAGCAGUGCGGUGGACAUGGAACUGGCCCAUGACGAGGAGGACGAGGAAGAGGACUCUGACGAGGACUCCAUGGGCGAGGGCGAGGAUAAUGUGUCGAAGGACUUGCUCAACUCCACCCAAACGCCGCCCUGCAGCCCCAUCAAAAGUCUGAACAACAGUAGCUCGCCCGUGGGCAUCAAUCGGAGAACCGCCAUAUUGCUGACGCGCAAGUCGCAGGCUGCCCUGAAGAGACCUUCGGAACCUCUGACGACGCCAGUGAAGGAGGAGCACCACAAUUCGCAGUCAUCGAACACUCAGUCCACCAGCGGCAGCUCAUCCUCGGCCACCACGGCGGCCACAGCGGCCUCCAGUGGCGCAGGCACCCUGAAUCACGUCCUGGCCUCCGCUGCGCCCACAGUCUCGAACUUUGCGUUGACGCAGAACAACAGCAGUGGUGGCGGUGGAUCCCUAGCAUCGGGCAUUGGACUGGGAGGUUCGUCGUCAGCAGGAUCGGCGGCAGGCGCCAGCUUAACCUCCACUGGCCUCGCCAUGAACAGCAAGUUAAACGCGAGUCUGGCCAGCAAGUCGCCCAAGAGGCCGGGUCGCUAUCGUCGGAUACCCGAGGUGAGGCACAGCUCCUCCAUGUCACCAAAGAAGUCGCCCAAUCCGGCGGUGCCCGUGCCCGUUCCCGAGCCCCUGCCCUUCGAACGAAUCCCGGACAGCUUCCGGGUGUAUCGGGCCAACAAUCAGCGCGACGUGAGCGACAGCGACGAUGCGCCCUCGCAGUCGAGCAGUCCGUGCAGCAGUUGCUCGGACUUCAGCAUGUCGGGCAGUUGCUCCGACUUCGACAGCGACGAGGCGAGCGAUGGCGAUGCGGACGGCGAUGCUAUGACACGAGAAAGGGACUCCACGUCGCAGGAGGGCACCACCGAUGCCAUGGACUUGCAGCACGCGAGCAUCAACAAUGUGCAGGGCAACAACAACGGCAACAUGGCCAUCAGCAGCAGCAGCGGCGGCAGUGGCGGCGGCAGCUCCAGCGACGACGAUGACGACGAUGAGGAGCGGCCAUUAAGCGCGCGGCAGAACAAGGCGUUGAAGCUGGGCACGCGCAGCACACCCACUCCGACGGCAGCUUCGUUGACGGCGGCACGGGGACGUGGCAAGCGGCGCAGCAAUCUCAGCGAGUCCACCAGCUCGACGGCCACGCCACCGCCGCUGCUGCAGAGGGCGGGCAAGCUGCGGUCGGCCACGCCCAAUGCCUCGCCGCUGGUGAACAACAUUAAGGCAAGGAGAAACACCAUGGCGGCUGCCAGCACAACAACGCUGACGAAUAACAACAAGUCUGCCUCCUCGGAGCGGCACAAUCACCACUCGCACGGCCAGAAACCGACGUUGGAGCCACUGCAGCUGGUGUGGGCCAAGUGCCGCGGAUAUCCCUGGUAUCCCGCCCUCAUCCUGGAUCCCAAGACGCCCAAGGGAUUCGUGUAUAAUGGAGUACCGCUGCCCGCACCGCCCACCGAUGUUCUGGCGCUGCGCAAGAACUGCCUGGACGACAUUGUGUUCCUGGUGCUCUUCUUCGAUGUGAAGCGCACCUGGCAGUGGCUGCCGGCCAACAAGCUGGACAUCCUCGGGAUCGACAAGCAGCUGGACCAGCAGAAGCUCGUGGAGUCGCGCAAGCCGGCCGAGCGGAAGGCUGUGAAGAAGGCGUACCAGGAUGCGCUGCACUACCAGAGCCAGGUAUCCGAUUUGGAGGGCCAGGGACCCGAUCCGAUCAUGUGAAAGCUGAUGGCCCGACUGCAGCUGUAGGCGCCGCUCGAAAGGCUUUAGCCAUUUAGUAUCGUAUUUUUAUAUCUCGUUUGUUGUUACUCGCUACUCGAAGAUGACGCAGAAGGCCCUCCAUUAGAGUAUUUCGUUGCGAAUUUCCAAUUUGCACUGCAAGUGUCUUUGAUUUUCGUUUGUUGCCAAGUCACCUAUACCAUUAUGUACAGUUUUUGUAAUACGUUGGAGGAUCCUAUUCUUUGUACAUUAUUCGGCCUUUGUGACUACGAUUAUGAAAUGUUAAAUAGAUCCCGAAAUCGGUUCGAAUCACAAGAACAUGGAAUUUAUAACCUCAAGACGAUUCACGCGAAAUCAAAUCAAUGUUUAAGUUAAAUAGUUUUAAGCUCGCCUACAGUUAAGCCCAAAAACAACCAUACAAACGGAGAAAAAGAAAACAGUAAAAACAAGUUAAAAAUCGUGUAAAAACUUAAACCGCUAUAUAGAGGUUAGAAAAUGAUUAUGAACAUUUACAAAUUACAAAUUACAAAUAGCAUUACAAAUUGUAUAGAUGUGUGUGUGUGCGCGUGAGUCUCUACAUAAAUCGAUAUAUCUCUAUA